AUGUCUAGAAACACAGAGAUCUCCACCAAUGAGAGAACGUACUUCAUUGAAGCUCUCAAAUGUGGACUUAGACUCGAUUCUAGAAGAUUUGACGAAAUCCGCGAACCACAGAUCAGCCUAUCCAAAACAGAAUUUGGUUAUGUGGAACUAGACUGGGGCUUGACCAAGUUAGCUGUGAGAGUAUCAGCACAGAUUGGGAAGCCAUAUGAAGAUAGACCAUUCGAGGGCCUUUUCCAGAUCAACUGUGAAAUCAGCUCCAUGGCCUGGGCCCAUUUCGACAACUCCAAGAACUCAAACGAGGAAAUUCUCAUUGCAAGAAUCAUCGAGAAAGCCAUCCGUAGAUCCAACUCGCUUGACUUGGAAGCCUUAUGUAUUAUAGCUGGUGAAAAAGUGUGGAAUAUCACUGUCGACUUGAACUUCCUCAAUUUCGACGGCAACUUCGUUGACGUGGGCUGUUUCGGUGCCAUGUUGGCGUUGCAUCACUUUAAGAAGCCUGAUAUCAGCAUUGUAAAUGGCGGAGAAGACAUCAUUGUUCAUGACAUUGACGAGAGACAGCCUGUUCCGUUGAGUAUUUUGCAUGUUCCGAUUUGUCUCACUUAUUCGUUCUACAAUCCCGGAAACAAAGAGUCCAACUUGAAGGGCGAAGAUGAUGAUGAAAUCUACCUCUUAGAUGCUAAUUUAAUUGAAGAACAGGUUCGUGAAGGAUCUAUUGUGGUAACAUUAAACAAAAACAGAGAAUUGAUUCAGCUUAGCAAGAAUGGUGGAAUACCGAUCAGUGCCAAUGUUCUUCUUGAUUUGUCGUUCAAGUCGAUGAAGAUUGUAGAUGAGUUGACGGAGUUAAUCAAAAAGGUUAUUCUGAAGCAUGAAAAGGAGAGAUACGAAGAGUUGAAUCUCAAGAUGUUGGAAGUAGGCGCGGAUAGAUAA